AUGGAGGAUUUCAUGACAGAAACACAUGUCUACAUCAAGCCAGAAUGCGAACUCUGCGAUCAAACUAUUCACACCGACGAGUGGACUGUGGCCUUGCUUGGGCACGACGAUGGCCUCAGCCCGUCUCAUUUGACCAACAAGUUCCGAUUUCCAGAGUCUCAGGAUGUCGUUGAAAUGGCAGACAAGCUAACACUGUGCCAAUGUCUCCAAUGCAAGAUGUGCGAAUUGGCUUGUCCAUCUGUGACAAUACAUGCGAAUUGUUACCGUGUUUUUCAGCAGUCUUAUUGUCGGGAAGAUGCCAUGGAGGCUAUAUGGGUCGCUUCAGCAUGGAAGUCCCCAUGGCGACACCGACCUGCCCGGCGGAAGCCUCGACUUGAUCUCACUGACAUGACGUUGGUGUCAAUAGGAGGGCCUGUUGCCGAGGCUAUUGGUAUCCCAGGUCUCGCGCUUUUGCCGUCAGAAGUGCUCCAAAUGGUUAGGUUUUAUAUCCCCAAUAAUCUCCUCUGGCGAUAUUCUCUCAUCCAAAACAUUUCUGAGGAGAUGUCACGGCCCUUCCAAAAUCCCUUCGAGCCUCAGCAUGAUGCUACUCGCUUCGCUCUGGCAGCAGUGAAAGCCUGGAAACGCGAAUUGAAAGUGGCGGAUACUACUCGUGAUGAGAGUGAAUCAGAGCCGUUCAUCGUCAGACUUACUGUUGACUGUCUUGGCUUGAAGGAGAUCCAAAGAUUGAAAGAUUGGCCAGAGUAUAACCAUAUUCGGUCCAAUACAUGCGCAUACGUUUUCUUUACACAAGGACAAGCUAAUGGCUCUUUUAUUUCUUUCAAGGUCAGUCCUCUCGUGACUUCAUGGGAACUUCUGUUAAUACUAAACAAGUUUGGCCGAACAUUCAUCGAGAAUCCUCAUGACUCUCGAGACUUCCAAUUCUGGGACACACCUAGCCCGCCCUUAAGAUGUUUGAAGAUGUUUCCGAGGCCGGACCGUCCAGGCUCCAUCCGAUACCGCACUGUCGAUGUUCUCAAUACCACUGGACUCACCUUCUUCUUUCUGAGAGGCUUCAUAGCGGCAGUUCACUCCCACACAGCGAACACACCAGUUGCAGCAACAGCUAUACAACAUUUCUCUCAAGAUGAACAAGACCAUAUGAUAUGGACGUACAUCCCUGUAUCCAGUACUGAUGCCCUGCUUCGGAUCGGCGUGGGGGAUGUCUGGCAAAGACAAAUGGAGAUCUGCACCAAACUCACAGGGACCUACUUCUUUGGCCCUUACGAAGGUUAUACUGACACUGACGAUGUAUCGGGGAAUGAGCCAUCUGUGCUUAUUCAUAACGUACCAACUAAGCUAGCAGGCGGUUCACUCGGCAUAGUCACCAAGCACAACUUUGAGAGUGAACACUUGUUGUCAUUUCCUCGCUACCACAACGAUGGCGAGGACCCCCUCAAUCGGGACCGUAUCCACACUGCAGCUCCAGCGAAAAACAUCACUCAUGCUGAUGUCUAUUACGAUCGCAGGAAUGGACAUUGUAAAGGAUUGCUCCUGAAGUAUGCAAACGGUGCGCAGCGGGCAGUAGGGCAAUGCCGGAUCGGUAUUGACCCUUUCAAAGCUUACGAAGAGCCAUCCUGGUUCUGUUACCGCGAUAUCUGUGAUCCAGAAACAUUGGAAGAUACUGGAAGCUGUGUAGUUGAAUGCACAACUGGCACGAAUAACCAUGAGCAUGAACCUUGCGACCUUGAUGAUUGGCAGUGUAUGCGCGCACGAGCAGGAUCAUAUCUUGAGUUCCUGUGCGACAGCAACACAGACACUUUUUAUAUGUACGUUCGACAUGAUGAGGAAGAGAACGACGACUAA